UAAACCGUUUAUUGACGUCCGCUUAACAAUUUAACUUGAAAACUCCUAUUUUACGUUUUAUGCCUUUUACUUCAUCUCUCAUCUCUGCUUUGAGAAGAAGGAACAAUAAAUGCACUUGAACACACUCUCUCUCCGAGUCUCCUCCACACUCUCUCUCUCUCCUUCGAAUCCGCCAUUGGUGAAGCUUUUACUUCUCUGGGAGUGGCUAAAUGGUAGACAAUUUUAGCAGAAUGGAUUCGAUUCAGCAACGAAGAGGUGGUAUUGUAUCCGUAUCUCCAGCUCAGACACCACGAUCAAGUGAUAAAUCGGCUAGAGAAUCAAGAUCUUCUGAGUCAAAUUCCACUAAUAGAAAUGAUAAAGAAAAGGGUGUGAAUGUGCAGGUCAUAUUGCGUUGCAGGCCAUUGAGCGAGGACGAGGCCAGGAUUCAUACACCGGUGGUGAUUUCUUGUAACGAGCAUCGUAGAGAAGUUGCUGCUACUCAAAGUAUUGCUGGAAAGCACAUUGAUAGACAUUUUGCUUUCGACAAGGUCUUUGGUCCAGCAUCUCAACAGAAGGACUUAUAUGACCAAGCCAUUUGUCCAAUUGUGUUUGAAGUACUUGAGGGUUACAACUGUACCAUCUUUGCGUAUGGUCAGACAGGAACUGGAAAGACAUAUACAAUGGAAGGAGGUGCAAGGAAAAAGAAUGGUGAGUUCCCGAGUGAUGCAGGUGUUAUUCCAAGGGCUGUUAAGCAAAUUUUCGACAUUUUAGAAGCGCAGGGAGCUGAGUAUAGCAUGAAGGUCACCUUCCUAGAGCUAUAUAAUGAGGAAAUCUCAGAUCUUUUAGCACCAGAGGAGACUACAAAGUUUGUAGAUGAGAAGUCUAAAAAAUCCAUUGCUCUCAUGGAAGAUGGUAAAGGGAGUGUCUUUGUACGUGGCUUGGAAGAAGAAAUUGUGAGUACAGCGAACGAAAUAUACAAAAUCUUGGAAAAAGGUUCUGCGAAAAGGCGUACAGCUGAAACUCUUUUGAACAAGCAAAGUAGUCGCUCUCAUUCGAUAUUUUCUAUCACCAUUCACAUCAAGGAAAAUACUCCAGAGGGAGAAGAGAUGAUCAAAUGUGGGAAACUAAAUCUUGUUGACCUUGCUGGUUCCGAGAAUAUCUCACGUUCUGGUGCGCGAGAGGGACGAGCCAGGGAAGCUGGAGAGAUCAACAAGAGCUUACUUACUCUUGGCCGUGUCAUUAACGCGCUUGUUGAGCACUCGGGUCAUAUUCCUUACAGGUUUGACAUUAGAGAGUACUCAGCUAUUGCUUUUGAAUUCUUCAGAGAUAGCAAACUGACGAGGCUCUUGAGGGAUUCAUUGGGAGGAAAGACAAAAACGUGUGUAAUCGCCACGAUCUCACCUUCCAUCCACUGUUUAGAAGAGACGCUAAGCACUUUAGAUUAUGCACAUCGCGCCAAGAAUAUCAAGAACAAACCAGAGAUCAACCAGAAGAUGAUGAAAUCUGCUGUCAUGAAAGAUCUGUACUCUGAGAUUGACCGACUUAAGCAAGAGGUAUACGCUGCGAGAGAGAAAAACGGUAUUUAUAUUCCAAAAGACCGAUAUCUUCAAGAAGAGGCUGAGAAAAAGGCAAUGGCUGAAAAGAUAGAAAGAUUAGAACUUCAAUCGGAAUCUAAGGACAAGAAAGUAAUUGAUCUUCAGGAGCUUUACAACUCUCAGCAGCUUUUGUCUGCGGAGUUGAGUGAGAAACUUGAGAAAACUGAGAAAAAGCUUAAGGAAACUGAGCACUCCUUGUUUGAUCUUGAAGAAAAAUACAGACAGGCGAAUUCAACCAUUAAAGAAAAAGAGUUUGUGAUAUCUAAUCUUCUCAAGUCAGAAAAAUCACUUGUGGAGCGAGCCUUUCAGCUACGGAUGGAACUAGAAAGUGCAGCAUCAGAUGUUUCCAACUUGUUUUCCAAAAUAGAAAGAAAGGACAAAAUCGAGGAUGGAAACAGAUGUCUCAUCCAAAACUUCCAGUCACAGCUCACACAACAGCUUGAGCUAUUGCAUAAGACUGUGGCUUCUUCUGUGACUCACCAAGAGGUUCAACUAAAACACAUGGAGGAAGACAUGGAAUCCUUUGUGUCCACAAAAUCUGAGGCUACUGAAGAACUUCGAGAGAGACUUUCAAAACUGAAGACAGUGUAUGGUUCUGGCAUCGAAGCUCUUGAUAACAUAGCUGUGAAGCUAGAUGGAAAUUCUCAGUCAACAUUUGGUAGCCUGAACUCAGAAGUUUCUAAACAUUCGCAUGAACUAGAGAAUGUUUUCAAAGGUUUUGCUUCUGAGGCUGACAUCUUGUUACAAGAUCUCCAGAGUAGCCUUAACAAACAGGAAGAGAAGCUUAUUGCAUUUGCUCAGCAGCAACGGAAGGCACACUCGCAAGCCGUGGAUUCAGCAAGGUCAGUUUCAAAAGUAACAGUGGAAUUCUUCAAGACUCUGGACACGCAUGCAACCAAACUAACCGGGAUAGUGGAAGAGGCACAAACGGUUAACCACAAGAAACUGAGCGAAUUUGAAAACAAGUUUGAGGAAUGUGCUGCUAAUGAAGAAAGACAAUUGCUAGAGAAAGUAGCAGAACUUCUGGCAAAUUCUAAUGCUAGGAAGAAAAACCUUGUCCAAGUGGCUGUACAAGAUCUACGGGAGAGCGCAUCCACCAGAACAACCACUCUACAGCAUGAGAUGUCAACAAUGCAAGAUUCAACUUCUUCCAUUAAAUCUGAGUGGACUCUUCACAUGGUGAAAACAGAAUCGAACUAUCACGAGGACACUUCAGCGGUUGAGAGCGGGAAGAAAGCGAUGCAAGAAGUUCUCUUGAACUGCUUGGAGAAGGCAGAGAUGAGUGCACAUCAAUGGAGAAAAGCUCAAGAAUCACUGGUCAGUUUAGAACGAAACAACGUAGCUUCUGUUGACUCAAUCGUUAGAGGAGGUAUGGAUGCUAAUGAGAACCUACGCUCUCAGUUCUCGUCUGCUGUAUCAUCCUCUCUUGAUGUCUUUGAUGCUGCUAAUGGCAGCCUCCUUACUUCCAUUGACCAUUCGUUGAAACUCGAUAACGAUGCAUGUGCAAAGGUGAACUCCAUGAUCAUCCCAUGCUGUGAAGACUUGAUAGAGCUAAAGAGUGAUCACAAUCACAAGAUCGUAGAGAUCACAGACAACGCAGGGAAAUGUCUUCUUGAUGAAUACGUUGUGGAUGAGCCUUCGUGUUCAACGCCGAGGAAAAGACUAAUUAACAUACCGAGCAUUGAGUCCAUUGAGGAACUUAGAACUCCAGAGUCUGAGGAGUUACUGAGAGCGUUUCGAGAUGAGAAAAUGGUGAAGCAAGCCAAUGGUGAUGCAAAGCAGCAGCAACAACAACAACAGCUUAUACGUGCUUCCUCUAUUUACGAGGCAGCUGUUUCGGACUCAAGAUUUCCUCUCUCUGCUGUUAACUGAAAACAACAAGAGAAUAAAGUUACUGUGUCACACUGUACAGAGAGAGAGAGAGAGAGACAUAGUAUUGUUGUAUUCACGUAAAGACUCUUUUUCUUCAUGGAGUUUUGGUUUGAGGAAUUUACAAAAACAUCAGUUUUAUUUAAUAUUCUUUAUUUGUGUGGUUUAUUGGUUGAAAGUUGAAACCAAAGGAAAUUAUUAUCUUCUAAAUAAUUUUAAGUUUAUAAAUGCUUAAAACAACA